AUGGAAUUAUAUGUAUGGAUUCAAAUUAAGGAUGAUUUAUCUCAUCAAAUAGAGGAGUCGGUGGCUAAGUCUUGUCCGAUGAUAUGUCGAGAAGUUGUUGAAAAUAACAAGGGGUCUUCAAAAAACUGUGCAGUAUCUCUUCCACCAUGUGUCACAUCUACAAUAUUGGGUUUAAUAUUGGAUUAUUGUCGAUUUUAUCAAAUAAAAGGACGUUCUGAAAAGGAGUGCAAGGCUUUUGAUGAAACUUUUAUUUCAAAAGAUGAAAAGACUUUGUGUGAGUUAGGAACUGCUGCUGUAAGUUUGGAAAUAACGCCUUUGAUUGACUUAACUUGUGAAGAACUUGCUCGACAAACUAAAGAUAAAACCCCUAAAGAGGUUUCAAAACUAUUUCAUUUAAAUGAUGAACUUGACGAGGAGGAAGAUCUUGAGAAUAUCAAGUAUAUGACUGGAUAUUCACGGGUGUUGCUUUUCAAGAGAUUUUCUGAUAUAAAGAAUCAAGAACUACAAGUGCGAAAGACAUUGAAAGAUAUUAAGGUUGUUGAGAAACCUAAAGAUGAACGCUCUAUUAAUGAUUUACUUAAAUUUAUUAAUGAGUCAGAUUGUGGUACUUCAACGGUCAAGAAGAAAAAGAAGAAUAGGAGAAUGAAGGAAAAAUCAAAAGAUCUUUCUUUAAACACUACCUUAGAAAAUAAUAACAAAAAUAAGGAGUGUAAAGAGGAUUUUGAAGAGGAUUUUGAAGAUGAUUUCGAUCCUUUAAUGAAGGAGGAAAUUGACAGGUUAGCUAUAUUCUUCUUUUAA